GAAGCAGAAUUUCAAUCCUUCAUACAUAAAGUCGUGUUUCGCCUCUCUUUGCUCAGACGACUCCACUUAUUUGUGCUGUGGAACAUUAUUUCUAAGUGCCUGAAGGAUUAACAACGUGCAAAUUUAUUUCCACAUUGAGAACAUUUGGAUAAAUACACUUACCACUGUUGAUAUUUAUUUCUGCUUCGGAGUCUGGAUUUUUAACAAACUGAUUAAAUUAUUUCAUCUGUUUUUAAAACCAAACAGCGUUUAGUUAAGUGUAGUUUUUAUACUUCACUAUUCAAAACGGAAUACAACUGUCUUUGGAGCUCUACGGAUUAUACCCGGGUGUUUAGGAAGUGGAUAUCGUCAGUGUCAUCAACUGUGAGCAUGCUAGGAUUAAACCGUUUUUCGUGCUCGACUGUCAGCCAACAACAACACGAUCAACACAGUAGCCACCAACAGCAACUUUUGCAGCAGCAACAGCAACAAAACAUUGUAAACAAUAACGUAAACUUGAAUCAGACGAUGUCACCUUCAUCUCAUGUAGCAUCUCCAUCCACUCCCAGAGUGAAAAGCUAUAAACACAUGGAAAAAUUAGAAACAGACUAUGAAAUAAAUGGCCAGCUAGGGGCUGGUGGCUUUGGUACAGUCUAUUCUGGUCUCAGAAGAAGAGAUAAUUUACCGGUUGCUAUCAAACACAUAUACAAAAAGAAAGUCUCAUCAUGGACUAAAUUGCAGAAUGGCAUGCAGGUUCCACUUGAGCUGCUCCUGCUACACAGAGUCCAACACGUCUCUGGGGUCAUUAAACUCAUCGACACCUUCGAGAGGGAGGACGGCUUCGUCAUCGUGAUGGAGCGGCCGGACAAUGUUCAGGACCUGUUCGACUACAUCACAGAGCACGGGCCCCUGAACGAGCAUUCCGCCCGGGCGUUUUUCAUGCAGAUCGUGCAGAUGGUGCAGAACAUUGAGAAGUGCGGCGUGCUGCACCGGGAUAUCAAGGACGAGAACAUACUCGUGGAUUUAAAAACUCUGAAACUCAAACUCAUUGAUUUUGGAUCUGGAACUAUACUGAGAGAUAAAGAUUACGAUGAUUUUGAUGGUACCCGCGUGUAUAGCCCACCAGAAUGGAUCACAAACCGCCUGUACAAUGGUAGACAUGCCACAGUCUGGUCUCUAGGAAUACUCCUCUUUGAUCUAGUCAAUGGUGAUAUUCCUUUUGAACAGGAUGAACAGAUUAAAGCUGCUCACCUACACUACAAGGCUGACCUUAGUCCAGCCUGUAAAGACUUGAUCCGCAAGUGCCUAUCUGUCGAGCCCCAACACCGGCCAACUCUAGACCAGAUCCUGUCCCACCCCUGGAUGAACAAAGUUGUUCCUAUUCCAAUUCCUGAAAACCGUCGGAGAACAACACCAUCUGGGAAAGUAGUGGACGUUGCCCUCUUGAGCAGUAACGAGUCUCUUUGAUGAUGAAGAAUUGACUUUUUAGAACUUUUUAAAAAUUGUAUAGUCCGGGAGCUGCCGGAAUCUGCCAGGGGGAUACCACCCCGAGGAGACAAAUCCCAUGUCUCCUCAACCGCCCAGGUUCCCGUCCGGCCGAUGCCAGCGGUCAGUGCCGACCAGAUGACCAGUUAUCAAAUACUGGCAGGCCAUGAGGGUGUCGAGGCCCCGGAUGUUGAAUCACAUGCGUGAUCGUGAAAUUCUAUGGAUAGGACUGGACAUCAGGAGUCAACUUGUGUAGGAGCAUGACCUUCAAGACUUUUAACCAGGUGUCGUUAAAACGCUAUUCUGUAGUUCUGAGGUUUUUAUAAAAAAGUGCAAUCGAAUUUCAUUGCAGCAUCCUACAUUAGUCAUUAUGUGAUAAAUCGUAAUGUCUUUUUGUUAAGGUUUAGAAAGAAAAAAAUUUAAACUUAACUAGUUGGUGGCGGUUUAUAUUCAGCCAGUCUUUUAGCAUGAAGUUUAAAGGUUAAGUCUUACUCAACCAACCAAAAAUAAAUAUAUAUUUAAGUAGCGCAUUGCAAACCAGAGAUUAUACACAUUUGUUUUGAUAUUUGUAUACAGCAUCAGUUGAUUGUAUGAAGAAAAAAGCUCUGCAGUAUUAAUACAUUAUCACUUGACCUUUCAACUUGACCCAACCCCGGAUGACUUGUACAAACUGAAUCAGUUGUAUGAAUUUCUAUUUUAUAUUUACAAUAUUUUUUGGCUUUUCUUUUCCUCUUCGAUUUUUUUUACAAAGCUAUGCACAACUCUAGCGGAUUAUUGUAAAUGGUGUUAAAUAUGUAUGGGUUUCAGUUUUAAAAGGGCACUUUUUUUUUCUUCUACUGUAAAUUCUAGUCAAAUUUAGGGAGAGUCUAUUUUUUAUAAACAUUUAUUUAAAAGUCUGCCAACAUUGUUCAUGCUAUGUCAUACAACUAAAAUAAAUUUUCAUUCAAAUUUUUUUUUUUUUUUUAAAUUUAAAAAAAAAUAAUUUUUAGUUUGUACAUCAGGUCAUCCUCAGUUAAAGCCAUUAACCUAUUUUCCUAUCAUAACUACGACUAAAUGCAUUCCAAACCAUCAUGAUGGCGUCAGUCAUCCUAAGCACCUGCCAUCUCUGUAAUCGUCAACGUCUGCAUUUCUCACUCCCUAUCUCCAAUCAGCCAAUAGACUAGUUGAUACCCAGUUUUAAAAAAAUACUGUUGCGCUACUAGACUGCCACUAUUUUACCUGAAUAUAAACAGUGCCGGAUUAUUCAGACACUGCCAUACCAAUGUGAGAAUCAUCCUAAUAAUUAUUUUUUUUUUAAAUUCUGGCUAAGCAACUUAGGCUAUAUGCAAACUACCCAUUAUUUAUAAUCCAUUCAUGUAUGUAUGUAAAUAUGUAAGUUAUAAAAUAAGAAGCUAUUUAUUAACCGCAUAUUUUAACAAUUUCCAAUUGUGUACAUUAUUUUUCCUUACUUGAUGGGGUCACGGAUUAAUUUUACAACUGUUGUUGUUGUUGGUUGGGUAUGAUGAUGUUGAGAACAGUGUGAGUGUAUUUAUUCUGUGUAACAGUCUCAUUGAAAUACAAGAGCCAACUGUUCUUUGCCUAGUACGGGUGCAGUGUACAAUGAAAGUUGAAAUGUUAAUUUAAUUCUGUCAGCAAUGGUUUUGACUGGCAUCUUGGAGUGUCUAUUAGAAUGUUGGAAAGUGGAUAUUGUUAAUUUAAUACUGUCACGCAUUUGACUGUGAAAUCUCUUGAGUGCUGAUUUAAAAUGUGGAAUUGUUAAUUUAAUGCUGUUAAGUAUCAAUCUUGAAUGGAUAACUUGUGUAUUUAUUGAUAAAAAGCUGGUUGUUGCUGUUUUAUUUAAUCAAGAAUGCAUGUGGUGUUCUAUCAUUGGUAUGGCACUAUUUAUUACAUGAUUAACUUAAUCAUUAACAUGUUAUUUAUCAGAUUCAAGCAUGCAACUUGCAACUUCCACACCACUUUAUCUGUAAUUGUUUCAUUCCUGAAGAAAAGGUUUUUAAUUAUUUUUUUUUGGUUCCAGCCUGUUUUCCGGUUAUAAUUUUCUUGUACCUAACAUGCAUGAUACUGUACUAUAGUUCCUCCACUUCAUAUCAUGACUGUCAUUAUGGUUUUAUUUUUUCUCCUUCCCCUUCCCUCUAAUCUUUAAUACACCAAGGCAGCAGUUGGCGAAGUAUGCCUAAAAAAGCAAGCAAAUAAUCAAUGCAAAAAUGUACAUGUGAACCUUUUUCCUUUUUUUUUUUUCAAAUUGGAUUUUCCAAAAUUUGAUUUGACAUUUCUCUUACUUUUUUUCUGUACAAAAUGUUUUAUUUUUCUUGAGUUUCUUGCAGAAUACUACAAAUUAGUUUCACCUUUACCAUGAUUCAACUUUUUAGAUGUAUUUUAUUUUAACAAGGGAAUGACAUAAUUUUAGGGGACAAAAAAACUUCUCGUCCAGUUUUUAAUAGUCGUACCCUCUCUCUAGUUUAAAGUGCACUUUAAAAAAUUCUGAAUUGAGACUUCUGUACAUACAUUUUAUUUCCCAUGGUAAACAUCUUCCCAUUUUUCCAUCAUGUUGUCAUUGACUGUGUAACAUAAUGAUUAAUUUAUGGUGAGUUUGGAGGUGAGCGCUAUAUUUAUUUCCUCCUGCCCAGAGCGUGCGUGCGUGCGGCUGUGGGUACAUAAGCUGGGAACCUGUAAUUUAUUUGAGUGAUGGUGUGUGCGCUAGUCCUGUUUGAAAAUUUUGAGUGACUUUAACAUGAAGAGACGUACUGAAUAUUUUUAAAAUGCUCAAUUAUGCAUGUUUCCUUUUUUUUUUUUGAUUCAAGUUGUAAAUAAUUUUAAAAUGAUGAAUAAAACUGAAAAUCUUAAAAU